AUGUCAGACGCUCUGCUUAAACUUUUGAAAGGAGAAACUCUUACAUUUUAUGACAUUGAAUCCAUUGAUCCAAUGCUAUUCCAGAAUUUAUCCAAAUUACAAACAAUGUCAAAUAAGGUACACGAAAUUAACAACUCGAAGGAUCUCUCAAAGCAAGAAAAAGAAAACGCUCUAACUAUGAUCUAUUUUGGUGAUGAUGGAAAAACUAAACUGGAGGAUUUAUGUUUGAGUUUUACUGUCAUUGGCACAGAUAUUGAGCUUGUGGACAAGGGUUCAGAAAAAGAAGUGACACUGCAUAAUUUAGAUGAAUACUUGAGGUUGCUCACUAAUUACAUGAUACAUGAUGGCGUUGUACAACAGGUGGAGCAUAUUAAGAAAGGUUUUAAUGUAGUCAUGGGGGAGAAAAGUAUUGAAAAGUUAAAAGUUUUUAACAUCAAAGAAUUGAGCGACAUAUUUGUAGGCUCGGAUGAGGAAUGGACAGAGCAGUUAUUGAUAGAAGCAACAAAAUGUGAUCAUGGCUACACUCACAAUUCUAGAGUUGUGAAAUAUUUGUUUAAGGUAUUGCUGCAAAUGACUCCAUCAGAAAAGCGAGACUUUUUAAGAUUUAUCACCGGCGCACCUCGUUUACCUUGUGGAGGCAUUCUUAGCUUGAGACCCAAGCUAACCAUUGUAUUGAAGAAAGCUGAGGGCGGUAAAUCUGCAGACAUGUAUUUGCCAUCGGUCAUGACAUGUACCAAUUAUUUGAAGUUACCUGAAUACUCUUCAGAAUCCAUUCUCAAGGAACAACUCUACAAAGCAAUUCAAGAAGGGCAGAAUGCUUUCCAUUUGAGUUAA